AUGGCUGAAGAUAUCAAGACUAAAGUCAAGAACUACAAAACCGCCCCCUUUGAGAGCCGCUUCCCAAACCAGAACCAGGCUAGGAACUGCUGGCAGAACUACCUGGACUUCCACCGCUGUGAGAAGGCAAUGACUGCAAAGCGGGGUGAUGUCUCCAUGUGUGAGUGGUACCAGCGUGUGUACAAGUCCCUCUGCUCCAUAUCAUGGGUCUCAGCCUGGGAUGACUGCAGAGCAGAAGGCACAUGGGAACAUCUGACCCGGCUCCGCCCACCUCUCCUCUGCUCUUUGACCUCCAUGGAUAGAAAAGGGGGACCUCAGUAUAUGAUGGUCCCUACCCUGGGACCCUGA